UGACAGGUGACACUGUGGUGACAGCGGAAUAAAAAUAUUUGCAAUGCGAUAGAUUUUUCUACCUGAAUUUACUCGUACAAAACUACCUCACGAAUAAAUUUAAGAAAACUUCAACAUGUCUGAAGAUGAACCUACUGACUUGGAUUGGGUGCAGCUCCGAAAAGAUAUGGGGGAGCGUGUGCGAGUUGAAACGACAAAAGAGAAAUUUUACCGAAAAUUUGCCGAAAAUCCUUUUGUGCCCAUAGGUUGCUUGGCCACUGCUGGUGCACUAUCUUACGGUCUCUGGAGCUUCAGAACAGGUCGCAGGAAGAUGUCUCAGAACAUGAUGCGUUUGAGAAUUGUAGCACAAGGAUUCACUAUCACAGCUCUCGUUGUUGGUGUUAUGAUGACCUCAGCAAAAGGACUUGCAAAAUAGAUUCUCACACUGUAUAUUUUUCUGAUCUUGCUUUUCUACAGUACAAUGCAUAAUUAAGUAGAUGUUUAUAUUAUAUAGAUAAAUCUUUA